AUGACUAUUAAAUAUACUCAUCAUACAAAUCAUAUUCCCGGAUCUAAUAAUGACAUUGGCAACCUGAGAAUUUCGAAUGAAGUUCGUAAUUGGAUUGCUGACAGAAUUCGUGAUGGCCUAAAUGUUAAAGGAAUUCAUCGGUUAUUUCAAAAAAGGGCACGUGACAUAUCAAAAAUCUGGCAAGAGCAUGACAAAAAAAAUGCUGUGCAUAUUCGAGAUAAUCUCGUAACCCGUGAUGACAUCUACAAUAUUUGGAAAGAAGUAAUAAAAGAAAGUCAAAUGAAGCACACUGUAGAAGAACAAAGUAUAGAAAUGUGGAGGAUUGAUCUUAGCCAGAAUGGAGACCUUACAUGCACAAUCCCACGAUCAGAAGAAAACGGUAAGCAUGAUAAAGGCAAACUCUUCGGCUUUACCAUUCCUACUGGUAAAGAAAUUAUACAUGAAGUUUCAGUAAUAUUGCUUGAUGCUACCCAUGGCACAAAUAAGAAUAAGAACUUACUAUAUACUUUACUAUCGCCUGAUCCAAAAACAGGCAAAGGGGUUACAAUUGCACAUCUUCUUUCAUCGCAUAAAAAUUUUGAAUCAGUACAUCACUGGCUUUACAGCCUUUGUGCACAAGUUCCUGACUGGCAAGGUCCUGCUGCAUUUCUUGUCGAUUGUGACCUGGCACAAAUUAAGGCGCUUCAUGUUGUAUUUCCAGAAAGCCGGGUUUUACUUUGUUGGUGGCACAUUGCAAGAGCUUGGAGAGAAAAUCUUGGCAAGGCUUACAAAGACAAAGCUAGCAUUAUAGGACGCAAGCUCAAUCAAAAUGAGAAAAAGUUGUUGGGGGAUGAGCUUUUUGCGGAUUUAAAAUAUUUAAUGAACAUUGAUGAUAUAAAUUUAGUUAAUGAAUUUUUGUUAAACAAGACGGAUGAACAUAGUAAUGUACGUGGUAUUGAUAAAAUGAUGUGGAUAAAAGCUUAUCGCACUAGGAUUCCAUAUGGGAAUAUGGAUACUACAAAUAUGAUUGAAUCCUGGCACAAACGUUUAAAAUAUGAUAACUUUGAAGGAAAAGUUAAUAGACGAAGACGAAUGAUGCCAGCUGAAAAAGAAGUUUGCCGAAGACAAUUAAAGGCGCAAGCACUUAUUAAUACAGUAUUAGAAGUUGGAAAUGGUGGUUAUUAUUGGACUGUCGCUUCGGAAAUGAAUCAUGAUAUAAGAUACUCUGUAGAAAAAAUUUUUGAAAAUAAAAUGACAAGAGAUCUUGAAGAUCUUAACAUUGGACGUUUAGAGAUCGUUCACAACCAAUUAUCACGGGUUCUAGAUGAAGUUCGUAGGAUAGGUGAUUUUCAAGCAGGAAAUUGGGAAAGUGAAGGUCAAAGAAUUAGUCUUCCACCAAAUUUGAAUGUUGUAAAGCAACGAAGAUAA